GGGGCCUGAUGAGGCGGUGACACCAGCGUCUGUGGGCCCGCGUCUGUUCUGGCAACCUGCUCCACCGACCCACCGACCGACAUCACCACCGACCGACUGCACCGCCGCCCACCGACUGACGAGCGACAGGAAGUGAUCCGAGCUGCCGCUGGAGGAGGAAGAAGAAGAAGAAGAAGAAGAAGAGCCGCCGCCGCCGCCUCAUUCCUCUGACUCCUCCAGCUCCUCCAGCUCAUCGUGAUUUAUUUUCUUGUACCGACGUCGCCGGUAGCAUCCCCGGUAGAAGUUAGCUUCAUCAUCCUCAUCCUCAUCACCGUGACGCGGCUCCCCCGGCUUGGUUCGGACCGACACCGCGAAGAAGAAGAAGAAGAAGAAGAAGAGGAGGAGGAAGACUCCGGCUCGCUCCAUCUCCCGCUCACCUGAGGAAGAAGAAGAGAAGAGAACAUGUCCACGCAGAUCGACAAGGACGCGUGUAGAGAGGCGUACAACCAAGUGAGGGACGACAACACGGACACCAACUGGGCUGCGUUCAAAUAUGAAGGCACCAAGAUCGUACCGGCGGGACAAGGCACCGACUACGAGGACUUCAAGGUGUUGUGCACAGACGACAACCGUCUGUUCGCCUUCAUCCGCAUCACGACGGGCGACGCCAUGAGCAAACGGGCCAAGUUCACCUUCAUCACCUGGAUCGGCGAAAAGAUCGGCGGGCUGCAGCGCGCCAAGAUCAGCACCGACAAGACGAUGGUCAAAGACAUCGUGCAGAACUUUGCGAAGGAGUUCAUGAUCAGCGACCCCAAGGAACUGGACGAGGACUACAUCCGCACGGAGCUGAAGAAGGCCGGCGGAGCCAACUAUGACGCCCAGGCCGAGUAGAGAUGUGCCACAGUCCACUGGAAGGGUCGGGGGGUCGGGGGGUUGGGGGUGGGGCUGGGUUUUUGGUGGGGAUUAAAUAAGUGGGGGUGGGGGGCGGUGUUGGGGCAGGGCUGCUACCUCUUGGGGAGAGGGCGUGGCAGGACAGAGAGGACACUUGUGGCAGGAAAAAAAAAGGAAACGCAUGCGCCAAGCACAAAACAUUUUACUUUUAAAGUCGAGCAAGAAUAACAAUUUGUUCAUUUGCGAGAACACACAGACACACACACACUCUAAGAUAACACAGACUGGAAGCAGAUAGCCUGACGCUGUCGAACACUACUGUAACACGAUCCGCCCUCCAGCACCUCGGAAGCUCGCUACUUAACAUUUUAUGUCUCGCCUACGAAUUCCAAAAGUGUCAAAAUGACAGGGAACAAGCAGAGAGACUGUCGGACGUCACUAGGUACUUAAAUAUGGAGCCAAAUAUCCAGAUUAUGAUCACGUUAUAAAGUCCAACCAAACAACCUCGAUCAGAGUGAACGGAACCAGCCUCAUGAAGUUGUGGUUGCAGACAGGGGUCGUUUAACAACAAUUUAACCUGAGGAAACCGGUUCAAUCGUCCUCCAUCUUGACCUAAAUGUGGUGGAGGACGUACGUUUCUGUUUCCCCAGAAAUCUGGGUCUGUUUUUUAAGACAAACCCUUAAAGAACGGACGGUGAGCUGGUCGGAGCUGAUCGAACAUUUGCCCGACAGACACGACGUGGUAGAGUUGUUCCACGUGUCAACAACGUAUUAAUUCACAUCUGACGUGAGUCAGACACUGGAUGUACGUAACGGCGGCUACUGCUCAUGACCUAGAAGUAGUCCUACGAAGGACCUGUGAGGAUUCACAGCCGUCGCAGAACAUUCAAGAUGUCCGUGGCGAAGCGCACAAAAUGAACGCCUGAUUUAGAAAAAUUGCAUUAGCGUUAGCAGCAAUCGCCUGCCUCCUCUCCUGUCCCGCCCGCCGCCCUCUCCCCAGUCCAGCUCGUGGUUGGUUAUCUACUGUUGCCGUGUUGCGUCGUCAUCUCACAAUAUUUUUUUUAACGUUAGCAUCUCGGCCUCAGCGCGGUUGUUGCUGGGAAUCAAAUCACGUAAAGAGGAUGUGGUUCCGCUCGAGGGGUUUCAGCCGCCGAUCAUCGUCGUGGAACUGUUCGUGCACUUAACCGGAACGGGAGACGGUGACGUCAUCGACCGAGUGGCUGUAAUGUAUCAUUUUUUUUAAAUGAAGCCCUUCCACUUCUUCGCAGGCGUGUGUUUUCGACAGCAGAACUCGCUCUUAGUCGUGAUACACUGUAACCGCCAGGAGGAAAAGAUCUCCAUUUCCCGACAGGAAGCUCGAACAGCUGCGAUAUAUAUAUAUCCUCAAAGUCAACCACCACGUCCACGACAUCAGUCCUGAGAUCCCGUCAUACUUUGUGCUGUGAAUCCCACAUUCCAGUCCUACCGUAUUUCAAUGUACCGUUCACGUUCUCCUUCCACUUUCUGUCGGAAAGUUUUUCCAGAAUUUGAACGGAACGUUUGGUAGAAAGAGUUUACGCGACUCUGCUCCCUCAGCAGCGCGACGUCUCAGAGAAAUUGGAGAUCUUUUUCUUUCGGUGUCUCAUCUCGCUAUCUUGAAUCCACUUUAAAAGGUUUUCCCAUGAUUCAACUGUAAACCUACUGUGUUUGACUGCCUUGGUCUCCCAUGGAGAGAGGGGCAUCAUGGGAGUCUGUGGACACUACACUGUGAUUGGCUGUCCUCCUUACAUGUGACCUGGGACUUUUGAUUGACAACAUGCAUCAUCUCGUCAUCCCAACCGAGGAGGAGGAGGAGGAGCAUUUCUCGGUUGUAGCAUCUCUUUUUAAUUAAUUUAACCCCCCCCUCCUCCCCCCUGCAAAAAUAGGAACAUUUUUUUUUUCUUGUACAAUUUUUUUUGUUUUUAAGAUGAAUUUCAUCUUCGCUUAAGGGUUUUACCUUUUUGAUUUCAUGUUUAAGAUCAUUGUUAUCUUGGACAUUGGUGGAAGAGAUUUUCAAAAAAGUAAUGCAAAAAAAAAAAAGAAAGAAUAAGAUAGAAAACUGGCACAAUUUCAAUCAUUUCAAAAUAAAAUUUGAUGUUUUUUCUUUUACAAAA